CUUUGGAUACUAUGGUCAUGAUUGAAAACAAUAAGAAUCUACAGAUAAUGGUUGGUGUCUACAUUGUCUCGGUUUUCACCUAUAAUAUGGCUGGAAUGUUGGUCACUUACGCUCUCUCCGCCGUACAUAGGACAAUGCUAGAAGCUACUAGAACUGCUGUAAUCUGGAUAUGUGAUCUGAUUAUCCAGUAUCUUGUGGCUCCUGGUUCUAACUUUGGUGAAGUAUGGACUGCAUGGUCUUGGCUUCAGCUAUUUGGUUUCCUUCUCCUGGUCAUGGGUCAGGCUGUCUACUCUGAUCUCGUUAAGGUUCCCGGUUUCUAUUAUCCACCAAAGCCGCAGGUUGCCGGGAUGAUGAAGUCACCAGCAAGUGUGAGGUUCAAUGUUCCCGAGGUUGCUGAAGCUAUCCCUGAGGGACCUCGUCAAGGUUGAGGGGUGCUUAAUGCGAACCCUGCCGUGUUGUAUAGACUAGUACUAAUGUCUUCUCUACUUUAAUGAUCCUAUCGAAUUAGAAGACCGAGUUCCACUCAGUUCGAUGGUACGAUGCUCGCCAAUAGUCGGUCAUCCAAAUAGACUGACGUAUGAUGAGAGAUGUUAACUCAGACAAGGGUAGUUGGUUGGUACCUUCCUUCUUCGUCCCUUAUUAAUCAUCGUAGCCGUACUCGUUCAACUUGGUAUCGCCGGUCUAGGCCGCAAGUAUUAUAUUCGGG